AUGGACGAACAAUGGCUCUCUCAUUGCCUCGACGAGAACAUGACGCAUUCGGCACCUGACAGAAGGGUUUACGUCUCGGAAAACUAUAUCAUUAAGAAGCGACUGUCCCGCGACGAAAACGGUCACAGUGGCUAUGUGCCCAUAUAUUCCGCCGUCAGGCAACGGGACGAGAAUGAGAUUCUGGCCUUGAAGCUCGUACAGGAGCACACCUCUGUGCCCGUUCCAAAAGUGAUCCAUUCUGGAAAUGGAUUCACCGUUUUUGAGCGAUUCUCGGGGGUGACUGUGGACGACAAAGAAACCUGGGAAAAGGUUACCCCAAAGCAACGAGAAGCAAUAAAGCUUCAGGUACAGGGCUACAUCCAAGAUCUCGUCAAAAUCCCUCACCCAAGCUCUGGAAUCCGAAGCCUCGUGCCGGAAGGGAUACUCUUCCACAAUCAAUUGCCCUACCCUGGCCCGUUCCAGUCCACGCAAGAUUUCCUGAAAGCUUACGACCGAGAAGAUGUCUUUCACGAAUAUCUCAUCAAGCAGAUAGACCCGCAUAGCAUUCCAGUGUUUUCGCAUUUCGACUGGUCUCUCGCAAACAUCGUCUUGUCCCCAAACAUGGACGUUGUCAUAGGAGUGAUCGAUUGGGAGCGCGCGUGCUUCUUUCCGGAAGCCGGGCGGUGCGUUCACAGGAUGUGCCACAAGCUGUCUGGUUGGGAGACGUUGUUUGACGGCAUGGAGUUUCCAAAAGACGUAAGUGGGGGCGGAGAUGGCCGAGAGGGCACGGCCGAGUGA